ACAGCUGAGUAGUGAGCGGGCCAGUGUUGGUGUGUGGUGAGGUGGAGGUAGUGCGCGCGUCCUCCCUCCCGGCGCCGCAUCACUGGUCCUUUGUUGACGGGAUGCAUUAUUAAGGAAUACCUCACUCCAGGACCGUCACACGUGGGACCCCGCACCUGCACGCCCCACCAGCUUCGUCUCGUGUGUUCGUUGAUCGUCUUCUGUUUCAAGAUGGCGCUGACAUAACCAUGGUGACCGCUCCUCGCCCAGCAGGAACCAGUGACGUGCCUGUGACCUCGCGAUGACGUCACCAUGAAGCAGUGACGCGGCAGUGAUGCAGGUGUGGCCCGGGCAGUGGUGGUGCUGGUGAUGGUGAGGGCAGUGAUGUUGGUGGCGACGGUGGUGGUGGCGGCCCUCACGCUGCUAUAGUGAAGGGUGCAGGAUGUCGUGGCUGGGGGGAGACGAUCCAGGUGGCGGAGGGUUCAGGUACGACUAUCCCUGGUGGGCGGCGGACGACAGGACGGGCCCCCGCUCUAACCUGACGUGGGAUGAGAAGUGUCGCACCCUGGACUACCAAUACCACGUGGUCACAGCGGUCAUCUCCGGCAUGUUCCUCAUCUUCGGCGUCGUCUACAGCCUCUUCGGCUACCGAUGUUUCAAGGCCGUGAUGUUCCUGACGGGAUUCAUCUUCGCGUCAGUGGUGGUGUAUUUAAUCUGCCUGAGCGAGGACCUGCUGCCACUCCUAGGAAACGCAGGGGUGGCUCUCGGUGCGGGUGUCAUGUUCGGGCUGAUCACGAUGCUGGUGCAAUACGUGGGUCUCUUCAUGACUGGUCUGCACACGGGGCUCUUCCUUGGCGUGGCUGGCAUUGCAAUAGCCUACAAAUGGUGGGUUCCUAGCAGUGUGUGGCCAGUGGUGGGCAUACUGCUGGCGUCAGGGUUACUGCUUGCCAUCCUGACGCUUUACUUCCAAAAGGGCCUCACUAUUCUGGGCACGGCCAUCAGCGGGGGUGCCAUCAUGUCUGCAACACUCGACUAUUUCAUAGAGAAGUUCCUGAUGGUGCACUGGUUUGGCGACCGGCUCAAGGUUGUGGAGAGUGACCGACCAUGCUGGUUCUCCUGGAUGAUCCUGGGAGUGUGGCCCUUCAUGGUGGUAGUGGGGAGUCUCACUCAGUGGCGCAUUACAGGCCGGGGCAUCUACCACCAGCAGUUGGUGCCCUCCAAAAAGAACAGAAGUGUCAACCUGCAGCGCCUGAGAAGUCGCGAGGCGCGUGCUGAGCUGCGGCAGAAGAAAUAUCGGUAUUUGUACCAAGUUCGUACAGCACAUGGAGACAUCAUCAGCCAGUUUUGUCAGCAGUCAGUGUUAGCGUACAACCCAAGCCUUAUGCGUCAAGCUGAGUCUGGUGUGUGUGUUGGACAGGAGUACAUCCAGAGCCUGCAGCGGAAGGCUUACCCUACUGGGGACAACGGCACCCUCCAGUCUGACUCCACACACACCACCAUGCUGCCUCCAGACCACACCCAGCUGGCGCCACUCACCGAGAGCGAGGACGAGGCCGGCAGCUCCCAGCCACCGCCUUCACCCCCCGAUGCCCCCAGACUCACACGCGUCACCAUGCACUAGUGUGUGUGUGUGUCUGUGUGUGUGUGAGUGUGAGUGUGUGUGGCACAGAAACACUUGUGUUGUGGGCUGUGGUUUGUAUUGUGCCCAGAGUGAGAAAACUGAAGUGACUAAAAUGAUAUCCAGCCAUUGUGUUGAUGUCACUGAACCAGAACUAUUUAGCUUUGUGAUCCUGAAGGCAGAACAGUGAUAUAACCAGUAGAUAUUUUGUUGUGUGAGCCAUGUGCUUUCUCAAAGAGGAAACUGACUGAUCACAUGUGCUAAUGGAGAUGAAGAAAACAAAAAAAAUUGGUGAAAUCUCAGUCCAUUUAAUUGGAGCACAAAUCAGGAGUUACCUUCCUUUGUAGUGGCAAGACAAGCACAAACAGAACCUUUCCCGGGGGUACUCCUGUCACCCUGAGAUGAGGCGGUGUUCACAGGAAAAGACACAAGCAGGAUGACAAGUGUUGGCAAGACAGUGAAUGCCAGCACCAGUCAACCUGCAUGACUUGUGUGGUACUGAACCGUGCAGUGAUUCAAGAAAAAACAUUAGAUAUAUAUAAUCAUGAACUAUUAUUGUGAUAUCAUAUAGCAAGCAUGUGUGUGCAUGUAUGAAUGUAUGAGAGAGAGAGAGAGAGAGAGUGUGUGUGUGUGUGUGUGUGUGUGUGUGUGUGUGUGUGUGUGUGUGUGUGUGCGCGCGCGCGCACACGCACAUUUACCUGUGUGUAUACGUGCCCGGAUGUAUUAAGAAAGAGAAGAGUGAGUGUGUAUGGCAGUGUGGUGCAGCGUGCAUAUACAGUACAUCCCUGACUGUAGUUCUGUGUGUGUUUUUCCCUCUUGUUGCUAGACUCAAAGUGUAGCUAAAGUCUUUCAACACCUGUAAACUGUCUGUCAGUAGCCCAGAGACCUGUAAACUCUCAGUGUGUUGUCUUACUUUAGUCCUCAUGCUGCUGGCCCCCUGGUGUCUUGGGGGUAGAUCAAAUGUACCCUCUCGGAUCACCGCCGUGGCUUGUGAUGUGAUGAACGGAAGAGUCAGAAUGAUUACUGAUUUCUUAGGAAUCCCAAGGAAGGAUGAGUGUUCUGGUGAUUAUCAUUUCCAGUCCACUGUGUUGUGUGUGUAUGGAUGGCUAGAGCUGGUCGGGGUGAACACUCCCUCUGGCCUGGUCUUUGUCGCCGUAACUUGCUGAAAUGAAAGCGAAAGGUCUUAGUUUUGGAUCACCCGUUUCUGCAUCAUUUUGCUGGAUUCCUGCUGGUCCUGAUUUGUGGCCGUGGCCUCCAAACCUCAUAUCAUAGGGAGAUGUGUUUAGUCCUUGUAUACCAAUACCAGUACUGUACACCACAUACACUGUCUGAAAAACAAAACUACAAAAAAGAUGUAGUUAUUUAGAAUGUGAUGGUUAGUUAACGAUGGUCGUUCUUCCUGACAUCAAAAUAUUUGGUUUAAAGCAUCCAGAGUAAAGGAAAACAUUAGAAAUGUUGGUUUGAAGCAUCCAGAGAAGGAAAAUUUUAGACACUAGCAACGGUGAGCCCCACACGGCCCAUCGUUGCCAGAAGGGUCAGCCUCUGCUCAGCUCACCACACGUGAAGCCGCUCAAACAAGUGAAAUGCUGGCUGCUCCUCGCUCAACGCUGACAGACAAUGGCAGCAGCAGCACCAGCAGACAGCACAGGUCUGCCGGAAGUCUUUCUGUAUUGAUCUAGCUAGGGUGUGUGUGUGUGUGUGUGUGUGAGUGAAGGAAGGAAGUUGUGUGUCACUCAGUUCUACUGGCAUUGUGGAUGGCUUUAACCUGCCUCUGCCUUAGUGGCCUGGCGUCAUGGUGGAUGUUCAUUCAACUUCAUGUUAUGCUUAUUUAUUGACUUAAUCUUGUCUAUGUUGAUUUGUACAUGUCUGCAAUUUCCUUCCCAAUUUUGUCUUGGGAGCAAGGUUUUUAUUUUUAUUUUUAUCUUAUUUUAUUUUAUUUAUUUUUUUUUUUCCCUGUAUAUUUUGUCCUGAUUUCUCUCUGGAGUUGAAUAACAUUGUUGUUGAUUAUUUGUUAACUUUACACAUUGCCUAUAGUCAUAUAUAGUGUGGUAUUGAGUCAAAGCAUAACUGUCUUGUUUACUUCAUGAUCUAAUGAUUAAUUUAAGAAGCAUAUCACUAGGGACAGUGUGUCAUAAGAGGAAGGGUGUGGGCACUGUGAUGGCCCCAUGGUGCCAUGUCUGGCAUCUCAGGAUCUGCCAGCACUAGUGCCACACUGUGAUAUGGACUGAGUGAGGCAGGUCAGCGGACAUGACUUUGCUCAGUCUCCUUGUACUGGAAGUGAUGUGAAGCCUGGUGCCCAUGCUGAUAGGUUCAUACAAAGUUAUGCUUUCCCUAUGCAGUCAUCUGUGGUAUGAUGAAAUAAUCUGGAGCUAAUGAGCUGUGUACCUUCAUUCCUUGAUUUGCUAACUGUGAACACUACAAGGGAAUUAUAUAUCAUUGUAUGAAAUAACUGUAUCUUUGCUGUUAGCAUCCUUCUGAGAGAAGAGUGAGCACAGCAUGGAGACCUUGUUCUUCCACUGUUAACAUCGACUCUUUUGUGAUAAUUAUUCUUGAGUCAGGUUCACAAGGGUUUCAUAAUUUAUUUCAUUUCCUUUGGUUUAUGUUUCAAGCAUCAGGUCAACUAUGUUUUUCUGAAUGAGCAUGAUAUUGCAAUAGAGUGAAACUCAUUAUUGUUUAUAACGCUCAUUAUUAAUUCAGCAUUGGAUGGUCCUGUAGUGUGCAGUAUGUGGUUAUGACACAUCCACCUAUCAAAACCUGGACCCUCCCACUGGUUGGAAUGUUUCCUGACUUCUUGUUACUCUUCACUGAAAAAACUUUCACCAAAGAUAUUUUUAUUCCUCUGUGAAGUCUUGUUCUGUAAUUCUAAGAUAGUUUUGUCUUGGUAAGACAUGCUGCCCUCAGGGCCAUGCUGAGUAUGUAUUGUAUGGCUGAGUUGUUUCAGGUUAAGUUUUCCUGUUUGCUUCUAUAUGAAACUUAUACUACUGUAAUGAUAAAGGAUGGAUGUUCAUAUAUCACCUAAGACCUUGAUAUGGAAGGUACCUAGUGCUAGUCUGACUCCAUUUUAAUGCUGUCUAGGUCAGAUGAUGCUUUAUUGUCUCAGUUAGGUUAGGUUAGGCAGUAUUUACACAGAUUCACCUUGGAAUUCAGUCUUCAUGGUUAACAGAAUAGCAGUGAGAAUAUGCAUGUGUUGCAAACUUAGUCUCAUUUAAGUUAACCUUUGUAUUACCUCACCACUGCCAUGAGCUGGAAAAGCAUGCACAAGUUAUAUAUUUACUACUUAAUUAUCUCUCAUGUAUCCUGCAGUUGCUGCAUAAAGACCAAAGACCAUCAUUAAUCAUUAAAUAUAUAAUCAACCUUUUACAGUCUGCUCCAGUCAUGCAUUGAGUGACCCAAGAAGCUCACUCCUCUCUUGUUAGUUGCCAACAGUGAGGUGAAGCUGGAGCACUGAGCUGCAGUGUGUAGUGGCGGUGACAUGAUCAGGUGCACCUUGGCUCGGUUCACUCCCUGCUCCUCCCUCCACUCUUUGUGCUGUUGAGGAACAUUUCACUUUAAUAUUUAAUGUUAUAUUGUAAAAACAAAUACUAUACAUUGUCUCAUCCAUCUAAGCUUCAAACUAUCAGACUCAAAAUACUGCAAGUUAUAUAUUUUGUACCAGAUAAGUGUGAGGUUCAACUGAGCUAGUUACUGUCACACUAAGCUGUCUGGGUGCUGGUGGGAGCUGUUUGGAGAGUGACUUGCCCUCCUGAAGUAUGACAUGUUAGGAAUAGGACAGCUUUCUGCCUUUUCCCUGGAGCUCUAUAAACUUUAUUCUUAGCUAAAAAAGUAUGCAAAGUCUUUGAGCCAUGUUUGCUUUAUUUUGAUUACUUUUGCAUUGUUAUUUUUAUUAUGGCCCAAGAAAUUUCCUUAAUGGAAUACACCAGAUAAGUUUUGGGGCCACAGUUUGCAUAUGACAAGCCUCACGGAAGGAACACGGGGGAGAAUCAAGGACUCGCUGUAAGUAGUAGUCCAUUCUUCCUGUUGCUUCCUUACUGUCAGCUCAGCAGGUGACUGUUGGGUGUGGUAGAGUUGUCAGGAACAGUACCACCACUCCAGUUCAGUGCACAGUACAUAGGAUUAAGGGUGCCCUGUCAGUCCCAGGGCAGCAUUUCCAAGAUCACGAGGGAACGUCUCAUAUCAGUGUACAGUUCAUCAUCAUACUUGUACUGAUGCUAGACCUAGAAAGCUUGUUUGUGGUUUAGUGCCAACCUUUGCUUCUUGGAUACCUUAAGGGGAAUGUUUGUCCUCUCCUCUAGGCUUGAGCAGCUCGUGUUUCUAGCUGACCUCACAGAAUGGCUGAGCUUCAAUGCCACCCUCAAGCCACUGUAUAUAUUCUGGUUACCACCCAGACUGUCUCAGACACUCCAGAAGUUGAGUGAGAAGUUUGUAUAAGGAACACAGUUUUGUAUAACUUGACAAAUUGGUGUGUGUGUACAUUAUGUAAUAAUUUCUUACAGGAUAUGUCAUUGCAUCUCUUCAGAAGCAAGUUAUUUGUACUGUAUGGCAUCAUGUUCUCUUUAAAUAAUAACAAUGUUUUAAAUGGA